AUGUUGGUUGCUUCUAUUUCCAGAUCUGCUAUAGAUGGGUUAAAGACACAGCUUUCAAAGGAGUUUGAGAUGAAGGAUUUAGGUGAGGCUAAGCGCAUUUUGGGAAUGGAGAUCGGUAGAGACAAAGAGAAGGAAACGAAGCCAGUUAGUGUACCUUUGGGAGCACAUUUGAAGCUUUUAGCUGACAUUUCACCGAAGAUAGUUAAAGAUAGAGAGUUGAUAUUGAAGACUCCAUAUGUGAGCGUAGUUGGAAGUUUAAUGUACGUGAUGGGUGCUUUGAAAGAACCUAACAGGAAGCAUUAUGGAAAUAUAAGUGAGCAGAGUGCUAGUUUUAAAAACAGCAUGGGUGAAAGAAUAACAGAUAGAGAGAUGAUUGUAAAUGAAUUUAUCUCUUACUACAAGAACCUUAUGGGCACUGCUGUAUCAACUUCUAAUCCUAGCAUAAGGAUUAUUCAAAAUGACCCCUGCUUGAAUAAAAACCAAUGCAGAAGCCUAUCAGUACCAGUUUCAAAAGACAAAAUCAAGCAUGUUGUCUUCUCUAUGCCUGAUAACAAAUCUCCAGGUCCUGAUGGAUAUGGAGCUGCUUUUUUCAAAUCUGUUUGGUCUGUUGUUGGUGAGGAGGUUACACUUGCAAUAGAGAUUUUUUUCAAAACAUGGAAGCUGCUGGGAGCAAUAAAUUCAACAUCUAUCACCCUUAUCCCUAAGGCCUUUGAUACCAUUAGUUGGAAUUUCAUUGAGGAAAUGUUAAAAGGCUUGUGCUUCCCUAGUUUUCUGUCUAGUAGGAUCAUGACUUGUAUAUCUAGUCCAAAGUACUCCAUCUCCCUCAAUGACUCCAUUCAUGGCUACUUCAAAGGAGAAAGAGGAUUAAGAAGCCUUGACCUUCUGAAACAAGACAGAAGCUUCAAAUUUCAUCCAAAAUGUGGAAGGCUUAAUAUCACUCAUUUAAUCUUCGCUGAUGAUCUCUUGUUAUUUUGCAAAGGGGGUCUUAGUUCAAUUCAGAAACUCUACCAAUGUGUUACUAGUUUCAGUGAAGUGUCUGCGCUUAAAGCAAAUCCAAACAAAUGUGCCAUUUUUUAUGAAGGAGUGACUGAGCCUGUCAAGGACAAUAUCAAGGAGUUUCUGGGUUUUACUGAGGGGAGUAUGCCUAUCAGAUACUUGGGGAUCCCCUUAGUUUGCAAAAGGCUCACUUACUAG